AUGGAAGAUAAGCAUAAGCUCAUCGAGGCUGAAUCCGUAAAGAAGUUCGCCUUCUUCGGAGUAGCUGUCUCCACCGUUGCUACCUUAACAGCCAUUGUAGCCGUCCCAAUGCUCUGCAUAACUCGUGCUGACUCUCUCAGAGGAGAAUACACCAAGCUCGAAUCUUUCCGCUCUGCCGAAAAGCGUGAGAAGCGUCAAGCCUAUCAAUGCUGCUCUUGCGGAAUCGGACAAGCUGGACCAGUUGGAAACCCAGGACAAGACGGAGCACCAGGAAGCGAUGGACGUCCAGGAGCUCCAGGACAGCCAGGACCUGAUGCCACCAACGAUCACGUUCAACCAAGACCAGAAGACUUCUGCUUCGAAUGCCCAAUCGGACCCGCCGGACCACCAGGAACCCCAGGACCAAAGGGACAAUCAGGAAACCCAGGAAGCCGUGGAGAGCCAGGACCAAACGGACGCCCAGGAACUCCAGGAGCCACUGGACCACAAGGACCACCAGGACAAGCCGGAAACGAUGGACAGCCAGGACAGCCAGGAGCUCCAGGACAAGUUCGUACCGUCCCAGCCCCACCAGGCCAACCAGGACAACCAGGAGAGCCAGGACAACAAGGACCUCAAGGACCAGAAGGACGCCCAGGACAAAACGGACAAAACGGACCUCCAGGACCACAAGGAGACGCUGGACAAGAUGGAGCCCCAGGAAACCCAGGAGCACCAGGAGAGUCUGGAGCCCCAGGACGCGAUGGAGCCAAGGGAUCCUGCGAUCACUGCCCACCACCAAGAACCGCCCCAGGUUAUUAA